AUGGCCCGGCCUCAAGCUUCCAUCGUCAUUUCAGAUGAUGAAACGACCGAGUCUUCAGAUUCGCCACCUAAGCCACCUUUGACGGCCUCUACCAAACUAGAGACAUCAAAUAAACGCAAACAUAUCCUGGAUACUUUUGAUAGCAAGGUUGAAUGGAGUGAUGAAUCGGAUGGUCUCCAUGAAAAACCUAAAAAGCGAAAGAAGAAGAAUAGCCGGGGAGCAUCGCCAGUGAAAAAUAAGAAGAAAGCUGCAACGAGAGGUCGUCCCCGUAAAUAUAUUAGAUCAGAGAAAGUCGCUUCAUUGCAGAACGACGAUAGUGUGUCAUCUUCAGACUCAGAUGCUCCCGAGGAUUCACUACCCCAGUAUAUACGAGAUCGCCGAAAACAAUUUGAUCAGACUCGUGAAACUUUACGUGAAGGUGGACUACGAUUACCCCCAGAUUAUUCAGAUGUCUACUUUUCCGAUGAUGAAAGGUUGGCGGAUUUGGAGGAGAAACCACAAUUCGACGAGAAGAGUGGUAUCAAGCCAUGUCGUGCCUAUAAAGAUAUCGUCCUUGAACAUUCAGCGGGCAUUAUCCCAGCUUCCAUCGCACAGUAUCUUCGGGAUUAUCAAAUCGAUGGAGUCAAGUUUCUUCACUAUCUCUUCGUCUAUCAGAAAGGCGGGAUCCUUGGUGAUGAUAUGGGUUUAGGAAAAACUGUCCAAGUCGCUGCCUUUCUCACUGCCAUGUUCGGGAAGACUGGUGACCGUCGUGACGCAAAAAGGAUGAGGAAGUUCCGACGCGCAAAGGACGAUUGGUACCCCCGUGCCUUAAUAAUAUGCCCUGGAUCGCUGAUUCAGAAUUGGAAGAACGAAUUAGACAGAUGGGGAUGGUGGGAAGUUGAUUUGUAUCAUGGAGCAGGUAGGGAUGAUGUCCUCGGUGCUGCUAGGGCGGGAAGGCUAGAAAUCAUGAUCACUACCUACACUACAUACAAGAAUAGCCGUGAUGAGGUCAACAGGGUACCCUGGGAUGUUGUUGUGGCCGACGAAUGCCAUUCGAUAAAGGAUAUUGCUGCUGGAAUUACACAGGCAAUGAACCAGGUCAAUUCUCUCUGUAGGAUUGGUUUGACGGGGACGGCGAUUCAAAACAAAUACGAAGAGCUUUGGACACUUCUAAACUGGACAAACCCUGGGCAGUUUGGGACUCUAGGAGAUUGGAGGAAUACGAUCUCAAAGCCGUUGACUGUUGGUCAAUCUCACGACGCCACUCUACAUCAACUAAGCGAAGCUCGGAAGACGGCCAAGAAGCUUCGCUUCAACCUCCUUCCUCGAUUUUUCCUUCGUCGUAUGAAGAGCUUAAUCGCCCACCAACUCCCCAAAAAAAGCGACCGAGUAGUGUUCUGUCCACUUUCUAGCCUACAGCGCGAGGCCUAUGCGAGCCUACUCGAUAGCGAGAUAGUCAGCUUUGUCCGGUCUGCGUAUGAUAUCUGUCCAUGCGGCUCGGGAGACAAGCGAGGAUGGUGCUGUUUCAAAGCCACUGCUGAAGGAGAAUCGUGGAAGUCACUAAUUUUCCCCAUCAUGAUAUCGAUGCAGAAGUUAUCUAAUCAUUUCAACCUCCUCAUUCCGCAGACUUCAGAUGUUAUGGACAAACAUAGACGAGAACUCCGAUUUCUCCAAGCUGCUGUGCCUCAAACUUGGAAAGAACAUUAUGCCAGUCGAGACUCACUACUCAACUUGGCCAACCCUGAGUAUUGUGGAAAGUGGAAGGUCCUUCGGAAACUCCUAAAGCUCUGGCAUACUAGUGGCGACAAAGUGCUGGUCUUCUCACACAGUGUUCGGUUGCUAAAGAUCCUGCAGAACUUAUUCAAUAAUACGAGUUACAACCUUAGCUAUCUAGAUGGGUCAUUGAGCUACGAAGAGCGCCAGCAAGUGGUCGAUAACUUCAAUUCUGACCCCAACCAAUUUGUAUUUUUAAUUUCCACCAAAGCUGGCGGCGUUGGGCUUAAUAUCACAUCCGCUAAUAAGGUCGUCAUAAUGGAUCCACAUUGGAACCCUUCCUACGACCUCCAGGCACAAGAUAGGGCUUAUCGUAUAGGUCAAGUUCGUGAUGUUGAAGUCUACCGCCUCGUCUCUGCAGGUACCAUCGAGGAAAUCACCUACGCAAGACAGAUCUACAAGCAGCAGCAGGCUAAUAUUGGAUACAAUGCUUCCAAUGAACGCCGCUAUUUUAAAGGAGUUCAACAGGAUACGGAACGAAAGGGAGAGAUCUUUGGAAUCCGUAAUCUGUUAACAUACCAUGGUGAUCAAGUCGUUCUUCGAGAUAUUGUCAAUAAGACAAAUAUCGCCGAAGCAAAGGCGGGUGUCAAGCUGAUAGACAUCGAUAUAGAAAAGGCGGCCAGAGAUGCUGAGGAAGAUCAGUUUGUCAAGAAAGAAGAAAAUGCCGACGAUGACGAGACUGGAGGUCUCAAGCAGCUAUCUGCUCUGUUUACUAAGGAUGAUAAUAAAGAUGGCAUUUUGAAAUCAGCAGGAACGCAUAAGCCGAAGCAUUUCGAUCCUAUCCAAGCAAUACUAGCCUCCGAGGGCGUCGAAUAUACUCACGAGAACUCUGAAGUCGUCGGCUCAUCCAAAGUGGAAGACGAACUGUCCCGACAGGCAGAGCUGGCCGCAAGUCAAGACCCAGAUUGUACCCUCUUCUUUGAUAGCCAGGGGCUCUCGGCUGCUCAACAAUCGUUUGAGUAUGAAUACAACCCUCCGGUAGAAGUUAGACAGCGCCAAUUCUGUACGAUGGCGAAGACGUUUGGGUUCCCCAGUGUGACGGAAUUCGCAUUAGCAGUCGAAAGCAUGACGCAGAAGGAACGGCGGAAUUGCUUAGAACUGUUUUACAAAAGGCGCAGCGAGAAACUGAAGGAGCUGGGCGAAAUUACCGAGGAGAACGCAGAGCCGAAGGAGGAAACUGGGGUAAAACAUGAUGCCGAGAUGGCUGACGUGGAAACUGAAGAUAUUAAACCCGCCUUAGAAGAUGUUAAGGAUAAUAAAGAUAGAAAAGACGUCAAGAUUAAGGAAUUUAAACCGAGUACGCCAGCUAUAAAGCGGGAGAUAAAAGAGGCUACCCCUCUUACCGAAGAUGUAAAGAGAGUCAAGAAGGAGGACUCGCCAGCGAAGAACAAGAGAGCGUCUACGUCUAUUUGGAUCUCGGAUGAUGAUGAGACGGAUGAGCUAUGA